AUUAAGCACUUGUAGUAAAGAUUUGCUUGAUAAAAACGCUAUAUCUACCUUCCUAAUGAAAAUUCGUUUAAAAAAAAUCGAACAUAUAUUUUAUGGACGAUCGUUUUAUGCUGAGAAUUUGACCACGCGGUACAGAUUGCGGUUCGAUUUAAGAGAGGCGCUCCUCGCUACCUUUGCCCGUUCACCAUAGAGCGGUGCACCGCGGCUCAGGUUAAUAGAACUCCCUCCGUCUGAAACCGCGUGAGAAAGUUGCCUUUGAGGCAAGCUAACAUUAUAUUUUGUUGUGCUGGUAUAGUUGUGGGUUGUUAUUAUCAAAACAUUUACGAAACCUUUCUUGCACAACAACCCCCAUUUACUCGAAUACAGGUUAUUCUUCGGAUAACGAAUAUUAAUUUAUACCGAGCAUUCACCACAAGCUAUUGCGGCAAGUCAAAUUGCAAUUAACUUCUGUGGAUUUGUUUCAGUUGCCUAUGCUUCUCAUUACCGCGUUGUGGGUUUGGCUUGUUGACUAACUGGAGUUUCGGGCUAUUCGUAUAUUGCUGGUUGGACAGGAUUACACGGUCUACAUGAAUAGGAGGACUAUUAGGAUACUUUUUUUUUGUCCUCACCUGUUCUUUUUCUCCCUUCUAUGGUUUAAUACAUGAUCGUAUGCUGGAGUAGCCUACAGCGAGAGAAAAGGAGAUUCUUACAUGCAUCAUUCACCGGAGCACCGCUGAUAGAGAGUUGACUGGAGAUCUAUGAGGACAAAUGGUCGGACGUGUUUGUGGCAUUUAACGGACAGUCUCUGAAGGAGCAAGGAUGAAUUUAUCGUAACCUGGAGCAUCCUCGCGCCUGUCCCUAUUUUGUUAGCAGACGGGUUUAUCAGGAACCGGGCAUCUGCCGAGGUAGAACGAUGUAUCCCCAGGGUCGACACCAGACACCCCACCAGGCCCCAGGCCAACCUUUCAAAUUCACCAUCCCAGAGUCACUGGACCGCAUCAAAGAGGAGUUCCAGUUUCUCCAAGCUCAGUACCACAGUUUGAAAUUGGAGUGUGAGAAGCUGGCCAGUGAGAAGACAGAGAUGCAGAGGCACUAUGUUAUGUACUAUGAAAUGUCUUACGGGCUGAACAUUGAAAUGCACAAACAGACUGAGAUUGCCAAGAGGCUCAAUACCAUCUGUGCACAAGUCAUCCCCUUCCUCUCACAGGAGCACCAACAGCAGGUGAUUCAGGCAGUGGAGAGGGCCAAGCAGGUCACCAUGGGCGAACUCAAUUCUGUCAUCGGGGUACGUGUCCUUCCCGGUCUACCACCCACACAUCAGCAUCUGUCCCACGCGCACGGCCCCCAUGUCCCCCUCACCCCCCACCCAGCUGGGCUCAACCCAGCCCACUUGGGGGGAGGGGCCAGCCUUCUCGCCCUGUCCAGUGCCCUGGGGGCGCCACCGCACCACCUGGUGGGCAAAGAGGACAAGAAACACCCGGCGGAGGCCGAGCAGCUAAGAGAGCAAGAGCCGGGCACAAGUAAUACCCUGCUGGUUGCUGACAGUUUGAGGAACUCAGACAAGCGACGCAACGGACCUGAAUUCCCCAACGACACCAAGAAGAGGAAAGUAGAGGACAAGGACUCUAGUCAUUAUGAUAGUGAUGGAGAGAAGAGUGAAGACAAUCUUGUGGUGGAUGUCUCCAAUGAGGAUCCUGCCUCCCCUCAUGGUACGCCCCUGCCCUCCCCCAGAGAGAACGGGCUGGACAAGACACGCCUCCUGAAGAAGGACCCAUCCUGUAGCCCCGCCUCCACAGCCUCCUCUGCAAGCUCCUCCUCCCUCAAGUCCAAAGAGAUGGGAAUGCGUGACAAGCCGGGUACGCCUCAACCGAAGUCGAGCACUCCCACUCACCGAGGAGACUCCACACCCGGACCCAGUGCCACACCCACUCUCCGCCCCAGCCUAUCCAAGCCCCCCUCCAUGGAGCUACCUCACCCACCUACCGCUGGUCUGCGGACUCCGCUGGCGGUGUCAGGGCCGUACCCCGGGCCGUUUGGCAUGCUGCCUCAUGCCGCCAUGAAUGGGGAGCUGGCAAGUGCCGGCACAGGCUACGCCGGCCUCCACAACAUGUCCCCUCAGAUGAGCGCUGCGGCGGCUGCCGCUGUGGCUGCCUACGGACGCUCCCCUAUGGCCGGCUUUGACCCUCAUCCUCACAUGAGAGUCCCUGGAAUGCCCCCAAGCUUAUCAGGCAUCCCUGGAGGCAAACCAGCCUACUCCUUCCAUGUUAGCGCCGAUGGACAGAUGCAGCCGGUACCGUUCCCUCCAGAUGCCCUGGUGGGCCCUGGCAUCCCGCGCCAUGCACGCCAGAUCAACACACUGAACCAUGGUGAGGUGGUCUGUGCUGUCACCAUCAGCAACCCCACGCGCCAUGUCUACACAGGCGGCAAGGGCUGCGUCAAGGUCUGGGACAUCAGUCAUCCUGGCAACAAGAGUCCUGUGUCCCAACUGGACUGCCUGAACCGAGACAACUAUAUCCGCUCGUGCCGGCUGCUCCCCGAUGGCCGGACGCUUAUCGUGGGGGGCGAGGCCAGCACACUGUCAAUCUGGGACCUAGCCACGCCCACUCCACGCAUCAAGGCGGAGCUGACCUCCUCAGCCCCGGCCUGCUAUGCCCUGGCCAUCUCCCCUGACUCCAAGGUGUGCUUCUCCUGCUGCAGCGAUGGGAACAUCGCUGUCUGGGACCUACACAACCAGACCCUGGUCAGACAGUUCCAGGGCCACACAGACGGAGCCAGCUGUAUUGACAUCUCCAACGAUGGGACCAAGCUGUGGACGGGGGGGCUGGACAACACCGUACGCUCCUGGGACCUAAGAGAGGGACGCCAGCUGCAGCAGCACGACUUCACCUCACAGAUCUUUUCUCUGGGGUACUGUCCGACGGGAGAGUGGCUGGCGGUGGGGAUGGAGAGUAGUAAUGUGGAGGUGCUCCACGUCACCAAGCCAGACAAGUACCAGCUCCACCUCCACGAGAGCUGUGUGCUUUCCCUCCAGUUUGCUUCCUGUGGAAAAUGGUUUGUGAGCACAGGGAAGGAUAACCUGCUGAAUGCGUGGAGGACACCGUACGGAGCCAGUAUAUUCCAGUCGAAGGAGUCUUCGUCCGUGCUAAGCUGUGACAUCUCAGUGGAUGAUAAGUACAUAGUUACAGGUUCUGGAGAUAAGAAGGCCACUGUCUAUGAAGUCAUCUACUAGACUGCACUGAACAUUCUCUAUACAUAACCAUUCAUGAGCAGAGCUUCCAGAACAAUUGAUGAUGGACAGACAGUCGGAUGGAUGCAUGGAUAUAGAGAGAUGGACCGAAACCUCAUUAUAGACAGAUGGACCGAAACCUCAGAGGUGCCGAAUUAAUGGCAUUGUAGUUUAUUUUUACAGACAAAGAAUGUGAAUGUCCUGGUGACCUCUACCAUUUGUGACCUCUGACCUCAGCUUGCUCUUCUUUCAGACAUGACUUUCCACUCAGACCUUUCACACCCUAGUACUGUGUCCCUUCCUACAUGUCUGCUAUUGCUAUCAUGUAAUUAGUUUUCUUUUCUUUGUAUUUUAUCGGUCGAGUACUUGUAAAAAGUGUAUAUUUGUUUUCUUACAGUAAUUGCUUUAGAAAUAACAAAUGUUUGGUAUGUCUUUUACAUGGAAAAUAUCUAACCAGGAAAAAACACAUUGGUCUUACUGCUAGUUAAUAUAAAUCAAUUGAAAUGUCUAGAUAAUAAACUUUCUUUUUAUUCUAACAAA